AUGAUUGAUGUCAUCACAAAGUUCAAUUGGUGGAGCAAAAAACCAUGAGUCUGAAGGUUUUAAACUGAAAGAGUUGCGGCUAUCAGAAAGUGAAGAGGGAAACAUGAAAAUUAUAUUAAAAAGAAAAAGGAGGCUUUUAGAGGGUUAAAAGUUCUUUGCAGUGUCAUUUAGGGGCCACAGACUGUUCCCCGCACUCUCCAUAGAGCCACCGGUAAACACAGGUACCGGGAGCUCACACACCGAGGAACGGCCCAGCUGAUGAGGAAGCGAGGGCUACAGAGUGGUUGCCUUGGAAAUAAGAGCCUGGUGGGCGGGGCGCCAGCUAGCUCCGCCCGUUGACGCCAUCUUAUGGUGGAAGAGGCGGCCCCGGGACAGGAGUGGUGAGGAGUGAUGCCCAGCAAAGUGAAAGGUGGUAAAGGGAGAUGUCUCAGGGAUCUUCUUCAGACUUUGACCUAAUGAAUGCUCUGGAUUGGAGUAACGGCAUUGCUACCCUUCCUGGAAGUCAAAUACAGUUCCGACUCAGUGAGUUUGGUACUCUGGAAAUCAUUACAGAUUCUGACAAUACCUUGGGCUCUUCCUCCAGUAUCCAAAACACAGAGAAAUCUUUUCAGAGAUCCACCAGUACUGUCCCUGAACAAGAAAUAAAAAGUGAAGAAAAACCUGAUAACAUGGAGAAAAAGGAAACUGUAGAUGAUGAUACAAAAAAAGAGUCUUUACAAGUUCAGUCAGUUAUGCCAACUCCAUCAACUGGGCCUACAGGUCCUGUACCCAGCACAGAGAACGAGCGACCUCAGAGGUUGCGGAAGAAGAGAAAACUUUUAAUGGAUUCAGGUGAUGAGGAAGAUGUCAUUGAGGAGGAUGAGGAUAGAAUCAAAGGGCACCAUAGAAGAGGAAAAGCUGUCAAGCAAGUAAAAACAGCAUCUUCACAAAAGAAGAAGCUAUGGAACUGGGUUUCAUACCUGGAAGAGGAGAAGAUGCCAGCUGCGCCACUUAAGCUCUUCAAAGAGGUAUCUUUUGUAGAACUAAAGCAUCAGUCUUUUCCCCAGUCACGAAAUAACUUUAAAGUGGGGUUAAAGCUUGAAGGAAUAGAUCCAGAACAUCCAUCCUUGUACUGUGUACUGACUGUUGUAGAGGUUCAAGGCUACCGAAUUAGACUUCAUUUUGAUGGAUAUCCUGACUACUAUGAUUUUUGGGUUAAUGCUGACUCUUUGGAUAUACAUCCCGUUGGAUGGUGUGAAAAAACUGGACAUAAGCUUAUGCUCCCAAAAGGUUACAAAGAUGGAGAGUUUAGCUGGCCUACAUACCUGAAACAUUGUAAAGCUCAGGCGGCUCCCAAAACAUUCUUUAAAAGUUACAACACGCCUGUUACUCCAUCUGGGUUCCGGGUUGGCAUGAAAUUGGAAGCUGUGGAUCGUAAGAAUCCUUCCUUGCUCUGUGUGGCUACAGUUUCAGAUAUUGUGGAAAACAGAUUGCUCAUUCACUUUGACAACUGGGAUCACAGUUAUGAUUACUGGUACUGUUCAUGGUGUGAUGCUAGCAGUCCAUACAUAAGACCAGUUGGGCACUGUCAGGAGGCUGAUAUUUCUCUGACUCCUCCCCCAGAAUAUAAAGAUCCUAAAAGUUUCUCCUGGGAGGCUUAUCUGGAGAAGACUGGCACUCAGGCGGCACCAGCAAGGGCAUUCAAAGUGCGCCCACCACAUGGGUUCCAGCCACAGAUGAAACUAGAAGCUGUUGACAAAAGGAAUCCCAUGUUAAUCAGAGUCUGCACUGUUGUCGAAAGAGAGGAAAAUCGUAUCAUGCUACAUUUUGAUGGCUGGAGCUCUCUGUACGACUAUUGGGUAGAUGCUGACAGUCCAGACAUUCACCCAGUAGGUUGGUGUGCAAAGACCGGACACUCUCUACAAUUACCCCCUGGUGUCUCAGACGCAUCCCCAGUGCCAGGGCAAGGCUGUCCCAUUGCUGGAUGUAAAGGAAUUGGACAUGUGCGGGGACCAAAAUAUGGCACCCAUUAUACUGCUGUUGGAUGUCCCUAUUCAGAUGUAAACCUCAACAGAGAGAUUUUCUUGCAAGAUCGUCUUAGUGGGGAACGACCACUACCAUCAUCUCAAAACACAUUAAAGGCUCGGAGACCAGGGACACCCAACCCUGUCCCUGACCCCCCACCUGAUUCUCCACAGUCUAGAAAGUCUCCUACAGAGGAGCAAUGGGGUCAGGGCACCAUGUGGGAAAUGGCUGAAUGGCUAGAAGAUGAAGCAGACACGAAGCCACCAGUUAAAAGAGGUGCACACACUUAUAUCCGUCUGCAGCUGAUCAAACAAGAGACAGAUGGCACAGAUUGUGAGCUGAGUUUAGAGCAAGCCCUUCAUCAGUCAGUAUUCGUGACAUCCUUGUCCUCUGAUCCUGGUCAUCGCAUUCAUCUUUGCUGGGAAAAGCAAUGCCAUCUGCUUCCUGAAGUGUCCGCAUAUACUGCCAAGAUUGUUAGCAAGUGGAAUACUGAAGAAGUUGCUUUGUUCGUGCAGCAGCUACCAGGUUGUAUGGAACAAGCCUCUGUCUUCAGAGAUGAGCAAAUAGAUGGCGAGGCCUUCCUUCUGCUUACUCAGACAGAUUUGGUGAAGAUCUUGGGACUUAAAUUGGGGCCUGCUCUAAAAAUCUACAAUUCUAUUCUUAUGUUCCACAAUUUGGCUUAAGACAAACAAUAAGUUGUCAAUAAGAAUAAGCGUGAUAAAGAAAUAUCCAUGUCUGAAACUAUAAACUGUUUGGCUUCUCCCCAUCAUGGGGAAUAAGGGAAGUCUGGCAUACGUGAAUUAAGACUGCCUUUGUCUAUAGAAUAAUAUAAAGACGUUUCUAGAAGACUUGAACAGUCCUGAACUUUAAAUCAGCCAUGUUGUUUGGACAAUGUGCUUUGUUUGCUCCAUUGCUAUGAAACCUGCUUCUUAAAAGUAAGUGUGACCUCACGAACUGAAGAGCAUGAGAAACUUGCUGCUGUGGUGCCUUACUGAUUUUAUUCCUAGUGAUUUGUCCACUAGGAGUCAAUGGUAAAAGAGAUUUUUUUCAGUUUCCUCAUGAAUGAAGAAAAUGUGUCAUUAUUUUGAUGUUCAGUAUAUCUGUAGUAAACUGAUGGGAAAAAAGGGAUUGUCAUGGUUUAAAAACCCAUUUCCAAUUACCCUAUUAAGCAAAAUCUAAAUUGAUAAAGCAAAGUACUGUUGAAGCCAAUCAUCUCAAUGGCUGAUGAUAAACACUGUCGACAAUUCCUUAAAAUCAAUUAAAUUAUAGUUUCAAACAUACAUUAGCUAAAACAUUGUUAAGGCCUCAUUUAUAUUUGCUUAAAGAGAUUAUCCAGGAAUAAAGAAUCAGAGCAAAUUUACCGUAUAUACUCGAGUAUAAGCCGAGUUUUUCAGCACGAUUUUUCGUGCUGAAAACACCCCCCUCGGCUUAUACUCGAGUGAACUCCCCCCA